UUAUAGUAAGCAGAAGAUUAGUUUAAAAAUGUUCUGCGAAUUUGCGAAAAUUUUUAUUGUAACAAACUGAAAGCUUUAGUUUUCCUCAGUAUUUUUUUGAGCGUAAAUCCAAUUUGAAAUUUUGAAACCAGCAACAUUGAAAGCAAAUCUCUCUGGCAGUGCAACGCCUGACUCGGGUUAAUAUCGAAUCGUGCCGCUUCUCAUUUAGCGGUCAUUAACAUAGAGAACCGAAACCGGAAUGCCGGCGGAUCGCUUAGUUCCGUUCAGAAGACUGAAGACCUUCGUGGGUUGUAAAUCGCUUUCCGGCAUUUUGGCAAGGAGUAUUACAGAAUCGCGAUCAGGAUGAGGCACAACAUGGUGGCCUACCUGUACUGCCUGGUGCGGGAUCUCUACGCCGAGCACGGGGAUCCUCGAGUGGCACACUUACCCUUGCUGGGCAACCUGUGGAUCGUUCUGGCAAUUGUGGGUCUAUAUGUGGCUUUUGUUUUACAUUACGGUCCAAAAUGGAUGGAGAAUCGAAAUCCUUUUGAACUUAAAAAAGUGAUGCAAGUGUACAAUGUGGUUCAGGUGGUGGCAAACGCCACAAUUUUUGUGAUUGGUCUGAGCAACACCUACUUGCAACCGGGAUACAGUUGGACUUGCCAGCCAGUUAAUCACACGGAUACCUCUCCUGCUAUGAUGAAAACAUUGUAUGCCUCGUAUGCCUACUAUAUGCUCAAGUACCUGGAUCUGCUGGAUACGGUUUUCAUAGUCCUUCGCAAGAAGAACUCGCAAGUGAGCUUCCUGCACGUCUACCACCACGGAGGAAUGGUCUUCGGGGUGUCCAUCUUCAUGACCUUCCUAGGCGGUUCCCACUGCACCAUGCUGGGGGUGAUCAACCUGCUCGUGCACACUGUGAUGUACGCCUACUACUUUGCCGCAUCACUGGACGUUGUGAAGAACCUGCUCUGGUGGAAGCAGCGCAUCACGCAGUUGCAACUGAUGCAGUUCGGCUACCUCACGUUCCACUUCCUGCUGGUAAUCGUGCGGAAUCCGUGCCAGUUCCCCGUCUUCAUCGCCUUCAUCGGGUUCAUCCAGAACAUCUUCAUGUUCUCCAUGUUCUUCGACUUCUAUUACAAGACCUAUGUGCGCAAGCAGCGAAAGUCGGCGGAGGCCAAGCUGAAAACCAGCUGAGCUGGGAGCGAGUGUAAGGUUCAAGUUCACUCCGCACACCAUUUCCAUACUAAAUUGUGUAAUAAGCUGGUCGGUCGCUUAUGCAAAUAGGCUCCGAUUGAACCCCAACUGCCUGGUAUAAAUAAACAUUCGGACUGUGCCCCAAAACCCCUCCGCCUCAUCGCCACCAAAA